AUGGCGGUCAAGGCAGCUGUGACCGCCGGCGAUGUGUGUGUGCUGAAGCGGUGCCAGCAGCAUGGCGGUCAAGAUCUGAAGGAGAAGAAGGGAACCAAAAGGAAAGCAGAGGAGGCACCAGAAGGCGACGAAUCUCCACUGAAGGUCUGCUCCAUCAGAAGGAAAACAGCCGGGAUCGACUGCUCUGAGUUGGGGCAGGGAGCCACACCGGCGACGGCGGCGGCAGCCAGGCGCGAGGAGGCUCCGGAGAGAAAGAUGACGAGGCUGCCGCAGGAGGAGGUGGAUUCCAUCCUAACCAAGGAGAUGGAUGACGACUCUCUCCCUCCCGAGUACAAGGCCCUGAAGCGCCACAACCCUGCCCUGAUUCCUUCGCCGGAAGAGGAGAUGGACGAGGACGUGGUGAGCUUCUACAACGUCGUGCGCUUUUUCUACGAGAUUGGAGAGGAUUUCAGGGAAUUCCAGGCCUGGGUCCGCACCGAGUACGCCAAGAAUGGCUACGUCGAGGUGGAUGAUGAGUACCUGCGCCAUCAACAGGAGAUGGAAGCAAUGAACGAAGCAGCACGCAAGGAGGCACUCAAAGCCUUCGAUUUUUCAGACUUGCUCGACUUCUGA